CGGGGUCAUUCUCCCACUCACUUGCCCGGGCGGAUCCCCACAUGCCAUCGACUUGUCUAGAGUUCUCCAUUCGAAAGGAACAGUUCUACCGUCUCAGGCGGUUGUGCUGGCUGCACCCUGCGUCUCCCUGGGACACGGCACUGGCUCUUACAAGUGGUGACAACACUCGAUGCCCGGCCCCCGAAAUGUUACGUGCCACGAUUUUGGGCAUCAUGACAAACAUAAGGUAGCACUUCACUUUCGGUUAUAACGCAAGCUACCUGAUGGUAACAAUUGCAAUUGUGUUCUGUUUGUCAGACGAGAUCUUCACAACAUCCUGCUUCCCUAAGGUAUCGCCUCACCCGAAGUACGUCCACAUCACACAAUGGCCGUCUGCGAGACACGGCCUUCUACAUCCCCGGCUGACAGUCCCUUUCCUCCAACGUCGAAUCUAUCAAGGCCCGCCGCGGUGUCGGUGCUUUCUUCCGCUGGCUAGAAGGCCUCCUCGCCGCCGCCGCCUUGUACGCACUCAUCACCACUAUCCUGUCGCUGCUCAAGAAGUUUGCCAACCCGGGCCCAGGCUGCUGCGUUGUUUGUGGGCAUUUCUCGCGCUGCAUUACGUGCAAUACUGUGUAGGAAAGUAUUGUACAAUGCAAAUGCUCUCAACGCCUCCGUAUUCGUUGCCGGGCUUCCGAGUCUUUGUGGGGCUAUGGGGCGCCGAGCCCCAGGUACAGCGGACAGGGGUGGCUGAAAUGAGUCUCCCGCAGCUGAACAAAGCCACGGCUGCCGGGCCCUGGGUAAAGGUGAAUUAGGCCAUGACAGCGAGGCACGAUAAAGGGGGCUUACACAGCUGCACCAAGGUUUUGUGCAAAGAAUGGAGUAGGUAAGUAACACUUUUGGGAGGGGUCGGAGUUCGGAGCCUACAGACGCCAACA